AUGAUGUCAGUGCAACAGGUUCAAUCCAAGGGCAUCUAUCACGCCUUACCAGUCUAUCCCUCCGAGGUGUCUGGCCUCACGGCCAUCAUCACCGGAGCCAAUGGCAUCAGCGGAAACUAUCUGAUGAGAGUACUAGCCGCGAACCCAGAGCGAUGGAGCAGGAUCAUCUGCCUGAGUCGUCGACCGCCGCUCAUUCCUGGCGGAUUGCCUAACCACGUGGAGCAUAUCCCACUGGAUUUCUUGAAGGACCCCAAAGAAAUCGCCACCACGCUGAAGGAGCACAACGUCACCGCGGAUCACGUCUUCUUCUUUUCGUACAUCCAGCCUACGCCGAAGGAGGGCGCGGGACUUUGGAGUAAUGCCGAAGAGUUGGUCAAAGUCAACUCCGAAUUGUUGGAAAACUUCCUGCAGGCGUUGAAGGUUGCUUCCAUUAAACCCAAGCGGUUCAUGCUGCAGACUGGUGCCAAAAACUAUGGUGGUCAUUUGGGUCCCACCAAGAUUCCUCAGGAAGAGACCGACCCACGGGUAGAGCUUGAACCAAACUUCUACUACCCUCAGGAAGACCUGUUGUGGAAGUUUUGCGAAGAGAAUGGUGUAGGAUGGAGCGUCCACAUGCCUGGCCCAAUCGUAGGUGCCGUCCCGGACGCUGCGAUGAACUGUGCAUAUCCGCUGGCCGUAUAUGCCGCCGUAUGUAAGCACAAAGGUCAACCAUUCGAGUUCCCAGGAGACGUCGACUCGUGGCAGAUGCCAAACUCCAUGUCAGCCGCUCAGAUGAAUGCCUAUCAAGAAGAGUGGGCAGUGCUCCUCGGACCGCCGAACCAGAAAUACAACACCUGCGACAAUAGUUCGUUCUCAUGGGAGAAAGGGUGGCCUCGGAUCGCUGGAUGGUACGGCAUUGAAGCGAAAGGUCCGCAGGAUGGCGACAAGUACACGGAGACGGAGACUCGCUUUGUUCCACGAGGGUAUGGCCCGAAAGGCGUCACGCGCCGUAAGUUCAGGCUUGUAGACUGGGCCAAGAAGCCGGAAGUGCAGCAGGCCUGGCGUGAGCUGGUCAAACAGCACGACCUGACGCAAGACUUGCACGACAUCGACCGGGUAUUCGGAUUCUUGGACGGCACGCUCUGCCGACCAGCACCAUUGUACUUCAGCAUGGACAAAUCCCGCAAGCUUGGAUGGCAGGGCUUCGUGGAUUCAUCAGAGGCGAUGUUGGAGGUCUUCCAAGACCUAGCCAAAUUGAAGAUGAUACCGCCGGUACCUCUGGUCCAUGUCAGCUUCAAUUAA